AUGGGCGCGCGAGCCGACGAGGCGCGUAGCGAGCUGCUGCGAGUGCGGCGCGACAUCCACACGGUGGAGGAGCAGCUGGCGCGAGCGACACACGAGCUGGACGAGGCAGCCAAGGCGGGCGAUCGGGAGCGAGUGGACGACCAUCGCCGGAUGCGGAAUUGCCUAUGGAAGGAGAAGGAGCAGCUGCGCAUCCAGGAAACCAUCUUCUUGAAGAUCGCCUUCGCGGAUUUUCCAGCGCCCAAUAUGAUGGCAUCCCCAGGUUCGCACGCCUUCUCCUCGCCCGCGCUCCCCUCGCCUCUGCACCUCCAACAUCAAGCGCAAAUGGCGCCGCAUACCGCGCAGCUCGGGCCGCCUCCAUUUAACAACCCCCCCCUGGGCGGGUCGUCGCUGUCGGGGUCGCCGUCGCUGAUGGGCGCGUGCGACCCCGCGCUGACCCCCCUGCACACCGCCACACUCAUGCCCGGCGCCAGCCCCCCCGAUUGCUUCUCCUUGGGCGGCCCUUCCCCGUCUCCCCUCCAAACCCCGCUGUCUGGUCCCGGCGGAGCAAUGGGCAUGGGCGCGCAAGGAGGGGGCGGGCAUUUCACAUCCACGGGAAUGUCUGCGGGGCAGUCGCUUCUUGGGAUGCUGCCCACCUCGCCCGCCAUGCGCCCCGCCUCUGGGACACCCGCAUCUGGCAACGGCGGGCGGAUCGGCCGGCGGAGGAGCGCGAUGUCCCCCGGGCUUGCGCCGAUGCAGAGCGGCGCAAUGCUGAUGGGCGGAGACAUGGGGGAGAUGGCGAACCCCGAGGGGUACGAAGUGAGUCGGAACCUCGACGCGCGCGUGGAGGACGUGUGGCGCGAGUGGAAGGAGGGGCUCAACGGCGGCCCGUCCAUUGAGAAGCUUGAAGAGGCGCGGCGGCGCGACCGCAAGUGCGUGUGGUGGCGGCAUAAGAACGACUACAAGUACUGGCGCAAGCAGUACCGUUCUCGCCCGUGCUUCCCUCUCCCAUCCUGUCUCUUCCCUCUGUCGCCCCCGUUCCCUGUCUCCCCGCACGACCAUCUUCCCUCUCCAUGCCUCCGCCGCCCGGGAUUCUCCUCGCACGCGGCUGGUGGCGGGGGGCGCGCGGGGCAGAUGCGCAUAGUGCACGCGGUGGAGAGCAAGGCGGGCGAGUUCGCGGGCGACGUGGCGGCGGCGAUCCGCUUCUGGGACGACAUCCUGCGCGUCGAGUUCGCCGGCUCCAUCUCCAAGCUCCGCGAGGCGCUUGGCGGCGACCGCCCGCUGCCGUCCGCGCAGUCUACAGGUGGUGGCGGCGGGGGCAACGGUGCAGACGACUCCCCCGGUGCGGAGGGGCGGGGGGAAGAUGGGCGGGAGGGUUCGGGAGAGGGAAAUGACGGGGGCGGAGUGGGAGGAGGGGAGGGGAGCAAGUGGAAGAGGCAGAGGAGGGAGUUGCUGCAGCGGGGCGUGGAGAGAAUGAAGGCGUGGGCGCAGGGGGGCGCCAGCGGUGCUGCUGUGGGCGGCAGUGCGCUGAUGGCAGCAGCACUAGCGCCUGCAGGCGUGGGUGGUGUGUGUGCAGAUGGGGGCAUGGUGGGCGGCAUGGGGGGGGGGCAAGGGUCGAUGGCAGGGGCGGUGGUAGAUGGCAUGGGCACUCCCAUGGGCAUGCAGGCAGGCAUGGCGCAGCAGACACAGAUGAACGGUGGUAAUGGUUCGAGUGGGAUGGGUGCGCACGUGGUGAGCUCGCAUGAAAUGGGUGUUGUUCAGGGCGUGCUGAUGCAGCAUGGGGGGGGCAAUGGCAUGCAGCAGCAUGGGGGCGGAAAUGGCAUGCAGCAGCAUGGUGGGGGGAAUGGCAUGCAGCAGCAUGGUGGGGGGAAUGGCAUGCAGCAGCAAGGGGGAGAGCAGCAUAUGGUGGGUGGGCAUGGCGAUGGAAGCGUGAUGCAAGGGCAUGUGCAGCAGCAUGUGAUGCAAGGGUCUGGUCCCCAGCAUGGGCAGUCUGGUAUGGUGCAGCAAAUCUGA